AUGAGCCAAUUGGAGUAUGAUAUGACCUACUUCUUCGCCUGUUUUCUGCCCAUGAACACUGUUCAUAGUGGGAGCUAUCUAUUCCAGGGCCAACUGGAGGACAUGAUGCAUGUCACCCCUGACCUCAGGGACGCGCUGUGUGCCGUAGCCGCACUUCAUAGGUCCCGGCUAGCUCAGUCUACGACAGCGACGGGGAAACACCCAGAGCCACCCGACGUCGCUCUACAGCUAUAUGGAAGGUCGGUGAAAAGCAUUAAUCGUCGCAUUAUGUGCAAUACGUUCGCAGGCGAUUGCUCUAUGCUAUGGACAACGUUCUUCCUUGGGCUUUUCGAGCUCAUGUGUGACCCAACUGGAAACAACUGGCUCGCGCACUUCCUCCAUGGAACAUGCGCAAUUCUGCGCCUCCUGCAACCUUCAAGUCUUGCGUGCAAAGAUCAGCACAGUACAUAUACUCGCACCUUCUUUCUCACGACCCGGAUCUUCGAGAUUUCCCGCGCCUUGAUCUACUCGGAACCUACUUUUCUCAGCGAAGCUGUAUGGGCGAAUGCACUUGCAAGGUUCUGGAGUGGUGAAGGUGCAGCCGUGUGGCAUCCAAAAGAAUCGCUCUUCGACAUGUUGCCGAGCGUCUCUGAAUUGAGUAUACGAGCCCUUCGCUUUUGCAGUUUUGAGGCAGUUUCCAUGUCUGAUCAAAUGCAACUCCAGCGGGCACAAGAUCUGGGUGCUGAAGGACUGUUGCUUCGGCAAAUGCUUCAAGAGUGGUGGGAAAUGAGCAACACAUGGCAGCAUACUUCACAAGAACUAAUAUUAGACUCGGAGCUUCUUUUGGGGCACGUGUACUAUCAUGCCAUCAGCAUAUACCAUUCCGGCACUUACGACUACCACAUGCACUGGACUCAGCCCGGUUCGCCAGAUGCGCCAAUCCUCGCUCAAAGUGAGAUUGAUUGGCACACGCGUGAGAUUCUUCGGCUGAGCCGAGAAUUGUUGGCUUGUGGAGUCGCGGGUGUGCUUUUGUUCUUUCCUUUGAGGGUUGCUGGUGCGCGUGUCCAAAGCUCUCGAGAAAGAGAAGAUAUUUUGGAUCUGCUGUACGUAGUAGUGCAGCGCGGAUAUGUCGUCGGUGAUGCAAUCACAUCGGAUCUCGCAGAGUUUUGGGAGUGCAGUCGUGUUCCGUAG